UCCAUAGAAACUGAAAGUAAAGAUGGAUUUGUGAGAAACUUAAAACUUCAAUCUGUCCGGGUCUCGUCAGCGCGGUUUAACCCUAACCUUAGCUCCUUGGACUUCUUUUCGGGUACUGCUGCCUCUUACACCAUCGCAACCGCUCAAGGAAAAAAAAGCCACUGAAACUGUGCAGAAGCAUACUAUUUUGCGCGUGAAAUUCAUGUCAUUUUUCUUAAAAAAAUAGUCUGACGAUGACGACAUCGACUUAAUGGAUCACGUGAUAUAGUUGGUUUUGUUUGCAAGCGAAGAGAACACAAUGAAAAUGACAUCGGUUAGGAAGAGUCGAAAGGGUUGCAAGAAAUCUGCCCCAUGCCGCUUUGCUUGAAUCAUUUUUUAGAGCGGAAGACUUUCUUCUGUGUAACGCUUUUUUAUCGUAAAGCAGAGACUGUCGGAAAUCUACUUCGCCGCAUAUUUAGUUGUUGAACACAGUCGAAGGUAUCCUCUCCGUGAUGUCUAGAUAUCCAAGGUCGGUUUCCUCGACCCCGCGUUUGCUCCGCAAGACACUUCGCGACAGUAAAAGACUGCAUCGCCAGAAUACUGACAUCGAAGAUCCUUCACAGAGACCAAUCACUUGUCCAGAAAUGUACCACCAGAGGGAAGCUGUAAAUCUUUACUGCGAUAACUGUCGCGAAUGUAUUUGUCAGAAAUGUCGCGGCGAGAGCCAUCGAUCUCAUUAUGUGUGCGAUGUUUAUAAAGCUGCUCGGAGAGGAAAGAGAAAAAUUGAGAAGGCUGUAAAAAAAGCGAGACACGAAAUCGUCGAUUGUGAAGACGAAAUGGAGGAGAAUACCUCUAUUCUUCAAAGAAGCGAGGAACAAGUUAAGGCGGCUCGCAGAAAAGUGGCAGCGAUUGUAGAUGAAUUGAUUGAAGGUUUAAAAAGUCAGAAGAAAGCUUUGUUUAAGGAGCUCGACGAACUUGGUGAACAAUACCAUGAAAGUCACGCAACCCGGCAAAAUGAAUUGAGGCAGCGUGUUUCACGAUUGAAAAGCAUUGUCGAAUACGGAAACAACGUUCUUGAAAGAGAUAGCAGUGUUGAAAUUAUGAACGAAAAGCACAAGAUCGUCAGUCGUUGCGAAGAUCUUCUAAAUUCCAGCGACACAUUGUUUGAUAUCUCCUUUUUGAAUUAUGUUAUCGACGAGGAAGCGUUUGAAAGGUUUCGGUUGUCAGGCGUAGGACGUUUGGUUGUGAGUGACACUGAUCCGUCGCAGUGCAAGGCACAGGGAAAAGGAUUAAAGAAAUUAGUAGUCGGCGAAGAAAGCAAUAUUUCAGUGCUGACAAAAGAUUCACGAGGGGAUCAAUGUUAUGACGAGAAUGAUGAAGUAGAGAUAAAUGUUGAAACCCCGUUAGGAGCGGAAUUGGACAAGGAGUUAAAAGACACAAUUGACGGGGAAUAUGAAUUUACGUUUACUCCCGAAUCUAUUGGCCAACACAAAGUAAUGAUAAGCGUUAAUGGGCAACCGCUGGCAAACAGUCCGAGGAUUAUUCAAGUGGAGCCGCAUCAGUAUGAACUUGAGUAUAAACUAGGAACUAAAAUUAAAGAACGGGAUGAUUUUGACGACACAGACGAUGGCCACUACAUUUUCGGUGACCACAUAGAUAGCGCAAUUGCUACUGCGAAGGAUGUCGCUAUAAGUCAAGUGACAGGAAAUAUUGCUGUUUUGGAUUGUAUCGGAAUAAAGUUAUACAAUCCUCAUGGCAAGUACCUAAAUCACUUUGGAACACGUUGUACGAACAAGAGACUGAAGAAUCCCCGGUCAGUAGCUGUUUCAUGCUCUGGAGACAUCAUUGUUAUUGAUCGUGAGACCAUUACUCAGUGCACUGAGAAAGGAACGUUUGUGAGACAUUUCCGAGGGCGCACAAAGAGUCCUUGCUCGGUGUCAGUGGCACGCGAUGGCCGUGUUAUCCUGUGCGACAGCGGUGAUGCUAUGGUUAAAAUCCUCUCUCCAAACGGGGAAAACCUGCUCAAUAGCUUUGGAUAUCCAAAGUUAACAGGAUCUCCUUCGUUUGCAAUUCAUCACGAAGACAAGUUCUAUGUUUCUUACCAGACGAACCACUGUGUGCUGGUCUUCAGCAAUGACGGAAAGAUCUUAUACAAGAUAGGCGGCAAAAUGACGGUAGAUAAGGUGAAGGGUCUUGACUCCCCCUUAGGUCUUGUCGUCGAUAAGUUCAACAGCUUGAUUGUUUGUGACACUCAUGCCAGCCGGUUGCAAGUGUUUACCUUGGAAGGAGAGUACCUUACAACUAUUCGUGGCUUUGCGUCUCCGCAGUAUGUUGCUGUUUCUAAAGAUGGACAUUUGUAUGUUGCCGACGAAAGAGACUUUGUUGUUGUCUGCAAGUAAAUCGUGUAUAAAGUUGUCUGAAGCUGUCGUGAAGUUAGAAAGUGAUACAUAAUGUACGUUAAGUAAAAAAGACACAUGCUAUUAAAACAAAGAGAGGCAAACAGGAGAUCCGCUACUUAGUUCGCUAUUCAGUUGCAAAGUGAAGAACGACAUUUGUUAAAAUUCGACUAAAAGUUUUAUCAAAUGUGAGAUUUGUCUGCUGACAGUAACAUGUGUCAGGUGUUUGUAAACAUUCUGUUAAGAUAACUACAUAUUAGGUUUACGUCUUCCCUUAAAACAAUGAUAAAAUGUGUGUGGUGCUGUAA